AUGGAUGCCGACAACCGGAAUACUCCCUCCGCAACGCCCGAAGAAGACGGAGAAAAGAACAUCGAAGAUGAGUUUUGUCAGGACUUUUUCCUCAAUCCCAGCCUCGAAGUUUCCUUCAAGUCGGAGCUGAUCCUCACUCCGGACUCGGUGUUCCCUACGAGUCGAGACUCGUUCGAUAGCUCGGUGGAGUUCUCGCAAGGGGUCGAAGCCCUGGAGUCGAGCGUUCCAAGAAGAGAUAUCCACGUCUCGUACCAGAUGAACGGUGGUCAGUACAAAACCGGAAUCGUCGGGGGUUUCGGAGCCUCGCCCUCAACCUGGCUCGGAGGCCUGCUGGGGUGUUUGAGACCGAUGUGGAACGUCAUAAACACUCGGCAGGCGGAAAAACAGGCUGUCAACGACCAAUGGGAGAUUCCGUUCGAGAAUAUCAAAGACGUCAAGUGGUUGGGCUCCGGAGCUCAGGGUGUAGUUUUCCUGGGGAGCUACCGGGGCGAGGACGUCGCUGUGAAAAAAGUCAACAAACUCGUCGAGACCGACAUAAGGCAUCUGAAGAAACUGAACCAUCCGAACCUCGUACGUUUCAAGGGUGUUUGCAGCCAAGCGCCGUGCUACUGCCUCGUAAUGGAGUACUGUCCGAACGGCUCGCUGUACGACGUUUUGCACAAUGGUCGGCCCGUCGCUCCGUGCAUCGUGGUCGAGUGGUCGAAGCACAUCGCGGCCGGUAUGCAGUAUCUCCACACCAACAAGAUCAUACAUCGAGAUUUGAAGUCGCCAAACAUCCUCAUAGGCUAUAACGAAAUUCUGAAAAUCACCGAUUUCGGUACGAGCAAAACCCUCGGAGAGACUUCGGCGCCGAUGAGUUUCGCGGGUACUGUCGCAUGGAUGGCGCCCGAGGUCAUCCGUCAGGAACCCUGUUCGGAGAAGGUCGAUAUUUGGUCGUACGGUGUAGUUCUCUGGGAACUGCUCACCUGCGAGGUUCCGUACAAAGAGCUCGACUACUCGGCUGUUAUCUACGGAGUCGGGAACAACCUGCUCUCGUUGCCGAUUCCAACCUCGUGCCCAGACGGGUUCAAACUCCUGCUCAUGCAGUGCUGGAAUGCGAAGCCUCAAAACCGUCCCUCAUUCAAACACAUCCUCAGCCAUCUAGAAAUCGCAGCCGUUCAGAUUCUCUCCACGCCGAAAGACACUUAUUUCAAUACGCAAGCGAACUGGCGUCAAGAGAUCCGCACGUACAUGAGUAAGGUACGAUGCACGAGCUUGAAACCGCCGGUGGCUCUGGAAGAGGAAGCGAGCGUUCUCUUGAAAAAGCGUCUCGAGGAGCUCCGACACGCUCAGGAAGUCCGGCUUCACUACGAACGGAGACUGCAACGUGCCAACAAACUCUACCUUGAAGCGACAGCGCUUCUGCAGCAGGUUGAGCAGCGGGAGCGAAACCUAGCGCUCCGAGAGUCGGAACUCAACACAAUGGGGAGCACUUCGACUCAUCUGCGGACACCGACGAGCUUGGAAGCGUCUUCAUCCGACCAAUCUUCACCGAAACGAUAUUCGAAAAGUCUAACCAACAAGAAGCGGACGUACAGGUUGUCACAUUCGUUGAGUGAUGAAAGUAACAACAAUUUUGGUGGACUGAGGUCAUCGCGAAGUACAACGGCUAUCAACAGGAUAGCCGUCGUGGAUACUGGAACGCAGACCGUUUCGUUGUAG